CUUGGUCCAUACAGAAAUGGCAAGUUGAGUCGGCACCAUCCCCCUCUGGCUUCCGCAACCUGAUGUGGACCCCAAAUUCACGAGGACCGGAUACGAAAACAUAAUUUCUGAGGGCGCUACGAUAAUAAAUUAUUCAAUAGAUCGAGUUUAAGGCCAACUUGUUUUCAUCAUCAUCCUCAAACAUCUGUUUCUGGGUGAAAAGAAUAUCAGGAUAUUCUGUAUUGAAUUAUAAAGGACGCUACAAACCACAGAGCAGAUUAAAAUGCAGAUCUGAUUAGGGUUUGAAGUUGCACUGUCUAUUUUGGUUCCUAAUAGAAUUUUUCUUGGAACAUAUAGCAAGAUGGGAUUUUGAUUUUUUACACCCUAAUGAUGUCUCCUCACAAGAGGAGACUCUACCCUCUUCUCGUUCUCUCUCUUUUUGUUCUUUUCCUCUUCUCUUAUUACCAUUCAUCUCUUCCUCACACUGCGAUAAGCAACAUUCCAUCUUCGUCUAAUCUCCCUCAAAGCCGUAGUAACAUUGUUCAGAAGUUCACUCUUACGAUAAAACUCCUUGCUUUUGAUAGAUUUGAUUCCAUAGCUAGGUGUUUACGUUCUCUAGCAAAUGCUGAUUAUGUCAACGACCGUGUAAAUCUUCAUGUAUACAUCGAUCAUUUUAAGGAAACAAAUCAGUCUUCAAUUUUGGAUGAAAAGCUUGAAGAAUCACAUCGGAUUUUGGAUUUUGUAGAUAAAUUUGUGUGGAAAUUUGGAGAGAAAUUUGUGCAUUUUAGGACUGGAAAUGUUGGUUUGCAAGCUCAGUGGUUGGAAUCUUGGUGGCCUAGCUCAGAUGAUGAGUUUGCUUUUGUGGUGGAAGAUGAUUUAGAGGUUUCGCCUCUGUAUUACAAAUUUCUGAAGGGUUUAGUUGUGAAUUACUAUUAUAACUCUUCGAAUUAUAGUCCUUCAAUCUAUGGAGCAUCGUUGCAGCGGCCGAGGUUUGUCCCAGGUAAGCAUGGGAACAAAAUUCAGUUGGACACUGGAACUAGGCUUUUCUUAUACCAGCUGGUUGGCACAUGGGGGCAACUUCUAUUUCCAAGACCCUGGAAAGAGUUCCGCCUGUGGUACAACAUACACAAGGCCAAGGGCAUCAAACCAGUUCUUCAAGGAAUGGUGACCACAGGAUGGUACAAAAGGAUGGGUGAAAGAAUAUGGACACCUUGGUUCAUCAAAUUCAUUCAUUCGCGUGGCUACUUCAAUAUCUACACCAAUUUUCAAGGUGAACGAGCUCUUAGUGUCUCUCACAGGGACGCUGGUGUAAAUUAUGGCAAAACUGCUGGACCAGAUUCAAAUUUACUUGAUGAAGAUUCUCUUGACUUCAACUAUUUGGAAAUGCAACAUCUGACUAGUCUAAAGUGGUAUGAUUUCUGUUUCAGAGAAGUCCUUCCUGGAAAAGUGGUGAGAACUUCUGAUGAACUCAGUUCUUUGCUUUACUCUGCUCGUAAGAAGUAUAAGACUAUCAUACUUAUCAGCCUACAUAGAACAUCUCAGGCAGUUACAAUGAACAUGCUGUGUCACUUUGAGAAACUGAAUAUACAAAACUACAUCUUCCUGGGCCCUAACUCUGAUUUGUUGAACGAUCUUGCAAGGAGGGGAUAUCCCGUGAUUAGUACAGAAUUUGUGAACAAUAUUAAGGGUUUUAGGUCUAAGAAGUUUGAAGGAUCUGAUAUGCUCAAAGAGAUACUGGCUAAGGCAUAUAUAAUCAAAUUGUGUCUACACUUGGAGUUGAAUUCAUGGGUAAUAGACGGAAAUAUGCUCCCGAUUAGCAAUGCUAUGUUUUCUGACUUGCAUGAUACUGCCUAUUUUUUUUUUGCUACAAAAGAUUCUGACGUUUUUCUUGUAAAGAGCUCUUCAGUCUCAGCAAAGAUAUGGGAUGAUAGUUUCAUUGAUAAGGUGGUUGUAAAGGCGAUUUCCUUGAAAAAUAGAAGUUCUAAAGAUCAUGGGUAUUUAGGGAAUGCUAUCACGAGAUCACUUGAAGAAAUUGAUGGGAAAAUUAAAACGGUUGGUGAGUUGAGUUUCGCUGAAAAGGUUGAUGUGAAGAAUGCAAAUCAAACUCGUGUAAGCGAAGGAACAAAGUAUGUAUUUUGGUCUGACGAUAUGGGUUUAGAUUUUAUUAGAAGUAGACUGGAUAAUCUGGGUAUGUGGGAAUUGGAAGACAACUCAUGUAAGGCAGUUGUUUGCCACCAGUCAUAAGUUCCGACUCUGGUCAAAAACUUGUCAUUAAGCAGAUAUUGAAAAGUUAGAAUGGAGGUUCAGCUUGUAAAAUUUAACUGUUAUGGCACACACCGUUGGCAACUGCACUGCAACUGCACUCCCGAAAUAUAAAAGAGAAGUCGUACAACAAGAAAGUGGAGGAUAUGCUGUAGCGUCUACCAAGUGUGCUACAGAACGCGCACCAUCACUAUCCAGCUCCAGUUCGUUUGCGCAAGUCAUGAUCCCAAAGCUGCCAAAGCUUUAUGUCUCCUUGGAGGACUCCACCAGGCAUGGAAUCUCAUAAUACUUCCCCCCUGCUUUUGUGAAUGAUGAUUCAGAAAGUGUAUAAACCGGUCUUAACACAUGUUUUGCUGUAUCAGUAAAAACUUAGAUGCCUUUUUGUUUAGCAGAACUUGUUCCUGAAACCAUUAACCAUGUACUUGUUUAGAACUGUUCCACUAGUUGGUGGGUUUAUUGACAGCUCUAGUUCUGGUCCUUACCAGUCAUUGUUUUAAUGAGGACCCUCAGUUAAUGUAAAGACUGACUUUUUUUCAACAGUUAUUGAACCGUGAACCUUAACUCA